AUGAUGUUAGUUUGUAGCUACAAUGGUGAGGAUUACAACAGAGGCAGCGGUGUCCGAGUGGUUAAGGAGAUUGACUCGAAAUCAAUUGGGCUCUGCCCGCACAGUUACAAUGGUGAGGAUUACAACAGAGGCAGCGGUGUCCGAGUGGUUAAGGAGAUUGACUCGAAAUCAAUUGGGCUCUGCCCGCACAGUUACAAUGGUGAGGAUUACAACAGAGGCAGCGGUGUCCGAGUGGUUAAGGAGAUUGACUCGAAAUCAAUUGGGCUCUGCCCGCACAGCGGUGUCCGAGAGGUUAAGGAGAUUGACUCGAAAUCAAUUGGGCUCUGCCCGCACAGUUACAAUGGUGAGGAUUGCAACAGAGGCAGCGGUGUCCGAGUGGUUAAGGAGAUUGACUCGAAAUCAAUUGGGCUCUGCCCGCACAGUUACAAUGGUGAGGAUUACAACAGAGGCAGCGGUGUCCGAGUGGUUAAGGAGAUUGACUCGAAAUCAAUUGGGCUCUGCCCGCACAGUUACAAUGGUGAGGAUUACAACAGAGGCAGCGGUGUCCGAGUGGUUAAGGAGAUUGACUCGAAAUCAAUUGGGCUCUGCCCGCACAGCGGUGUCCGAGAGGUUAAGGAGAUUGACUCGAAAUCAAUUGGGCUCUGCCCGCACAGUUACAAUGGUGAGGAUUACAACAGAGGCAGCGGUGUCCGAGUGGUUAAGGAGAUUGACUCGAAAUCAAUUGGGCUCUGCCCGCACAGUUACAAUGGUGAGGAUUACAACAGAGGCAGCGGUGUCCGAGUGGUUAAGGAGAUUGACUCGAAAUCAAUUGGGCUCUGCCCGCACAGUUACAAUGGUGAGGAUUACAACAGAGGCAGCGGUGUCCGAGUGGUUAAGGAGAUUGACUCGAAAUCAAUUGGGCUCUGCCCGCACAGUUACCCAAUGGUGAGGAUUACAACAGAGGCAGCGGUGUCCGAGUGGUUAAGGAGAUUGACUCGAAAUCAAUUGGGCUCUGCCCGCACAGUUACAAUGGUGAAGGAUUACAACAGAGGCAGCGGUGUCCGAGUGGUUAAGGAGAUUGACUCGAAAUCAAUUGGGCUCUGCCCGCACAGUUACAAUGGUGAGGAUUACAACAGAGGCAGCGGUGUCCGAGUGGUUAAGGAGAUUGACUCGAAAUCAAUUGGGCUCUGCCCGCACAGUUACAAUGGUGAGGAUUACAACAGAGGCAGCGGUGUCCGAGUGGUUAAGGAGAUUGACUCGAAAUCAAUUGGGCUCUGCCCGCACAGUUACAAUGGUGAGGAUUACAACAGAGGCAGCGGUGUCCGAGUGGUUAAGGAGAUUGACUCGAAAUCAAUUGGGCUCUGCCCGCACAGUUACAAUGGUGAGGAUUACAACAGAGGCAGCGGUGUCCGAGUGGUUAAGGAGAUUGACUCGAAAUCAAUUGGGCUCUGCCCGCACAGCUACAAUGGUGAGGAUUACAACAGAGGCAGCGGUGUCCGAGUGGUUAAGGAGAUUGACUCGAAAUCAAUUGGGCUCUGCCCGCACAGUUACAAGGUAAACAAUGGCAGAUUACAACAGAGCAGCGGUGUCCGAGUGGUUAAGGAGAUUGACUCGAAAUCAAUUGGGCUCUGCCCGCACAGUUACAAUGGUGAGGAUUACAACAGAGGCAGCGGUGUCCGAGUGGUUAAGGAGAUUGACUAG